CCCACCCGACUUUUUCAUCACGCACCGCCCAACCGCUGUCUUAAGCAACCAAUUUCCCUUUAAAACGCCGCCUGCUGCCUCCUUCGCUCCACUAGCUACUCCUCUUGGUCCUUUGCUUUCUUUCAAAUAGCCGCUCGCAGAGGAGUCCACGAAUCCUCGCCGCAUCCCCCAGGCUAUUCACCCUGGCGUCCCCUGUUGAAGCUUCCACCAACGACGUCACUUCGGGACACGCGACAGCACAGCCGUCUUUGUUUUCGACGACACCCGCGCCGCACCCUGCCACUGCAAGUCCGCAGGCGCCUUCAACAAGAUCACCAGCUUCUUGGAAUAAUCGUCUCUCGCUGUUCGGGCGACCAUUGUCGCUGUUUCCACGCCGUGCCGUUACUGGCACUUUGCUACCCCCGGCUCUUCCGCCCGCCACCUCCGCAAUGUCUCUCCGUCGCAAGGCCGCGGCUCCAGAGACGCCGCGCAUUGUUUCGCCGACAUCUUCUGACCUCAGUACAACUGGUUACGAUGGACCGGCUACAAGAUCUGGCAGUCGACGUCUGCAACAGCAAAAGUCGAGCGUUAAUGCUGAUGGCGACUCACCGUCGGACGACUCUGGUAUUGAUACACACUCCAAGCGCAGGUCGCGAACACGAAGUCGGUCGCCUAUCAAGUCACAGAAGCUUACACGAAUGACAACACUUCCUACGGCGCAAGAAAACGGUACGAUCCCCGAGAUUAAAGAAGACAAGGUUGAAUCGAUUCCGAACGGCGACUCGAAAUUGGCCGCACCAGUUGCAGUCGCGUCCAACGGGCAUCUUGCUCCUCCUCAACCUGCCACUAGCGGCUGGAGUUGGCGUGAUUUCAGUAGAAGCCCGAGUCCUCUUGGACUCAUCCCUAUUCAUAGACAGUGGCGAACCUUUGUGCACAAGCAUGAAGUUCCGCGCAAGGUUCUCCACGUCUCGAUCGGCUUCUUUGUGGUAUGGCUCUACACAUCAGGCACGCAAACCAGCGCUGUUGCACCGUACCUGAUGACGGCAUUAGUGCCUAUUGCGUGCACAGAUGCUCUCCGCCAUCGCAACCCAUCGUUCAAUCGCUUCUACGUUCGCGUGCUCGGCGCCCUCAUGCGUGAAAGCGAGUAUGCGGGAUGGAACGGCGUCAUCUUCUAUCUUCUUGGCGCAUGGUCUGUCUUGUACUUUUUGCCCAAGGAUGUCGGCGUCAUGAGCGUCUUGCUCCUCAGCUGGUGCGACACUGCCGCCAGCACCUUUGGACGCCUCUGGGGCCGUUACACACCCCGACUGCGCAAGGGCAAGUCUCUUGCCGGCUCGCUGGCCGCAUUUCUCGUCGGUGUAGCCACCUCGUACGCUUGGUACGGAUGGCUUGUACCGACCAUUGGCCCUAUGCCCGGAGACGAGGGCUUCAUGUUCAAGGGUACGCUCUCCCUACCACAAGCUGUCACCGAUGUUGUGGGCAUUUCCAAGGCAGCCGCAACAGUUGGAGGACCCAUUGCUCUCGGCAUCAUGAGCAUUUGGUCCGGAUUCGUUGCUUCCGCUAGUGAGGUUGUUGACAUCUUCGGAUGGGACGACAAUCUGACUAUCCCUGUGCUCAGUGGUAUUGGCAUUUGGGGCUUUCUCAAAGUCUUUGGUUAGGCGAACCAUCGACACCUCUCGUCGGUUGCCACUUUCAAUCACUCACUUCACUCCGCUCUUUUCAUACCAACUUUCUUCUUUUCAACUUAAUGGUUCGCAUGACUUUGGCGUUUAAUAUCAGGUUGCAGAUGGACGAUACGUUUCAUGACGUUGGAGGCCACUAUGGCCAUUAUGUAGACUUACAAGAUAGUUUCUCUUUUCUCUUCUUGAGUACAUACUUUCCUUUGCUCGUUACAUCUACUGCAUAGCAGAGUGUCGCUUCAUUUAUUCGAAAGAUUUAGAUAGAUCUGGUCGAAUACUACGAUAGACAUAUCAUUGGAGCAUGGCGCGCAAUGUAUCUUUUUCCUCCUCAAACGAUGACUAUGUGCGGAUGUGUAAUGCGAAACGGUGCUUGUGUUUGUGAUACGCGUGAUUGCAGAUAAGGGCGAAGAUGACGGUCAUGUAAGUUCGUGUUAGACUCGUAGCGGGUGUGAUAGAGUAGUUCGUAUGCUGGGUUCGGGGACGCAGCGAGGUUGAUAGGUACCUGCCUACACGAUGCAGAAGAAUGCAACUAUAGUGAUACUAGCAUUGGUGACAUCAUGCCCCUUAAUGUAAGUAGUUUGUUAGCAUAAUGUGAUUCAUAGCAUGCUACGUAGGUCUCCCACAGCCAAGUGCUGAAUCCGUAGAGUAGGAGGCUAAAGCGGCUUCCCACGAAAGGUUAGUGCCAUCGUUGCAGAAUCCCAAAACGAUUUAGCUUUGUAUUCUCAUGGUCCCGGGACGCGCUGCCCAUUACCAGGUCUACGGAAGCGGUGUGCAGAAGAAUGGAG